AUUCCUCAAUUAACGCCACGUGUACUGGCACAACUUCCUAGGUGUGCAGUACGAAUGCCGAGAUCUUUGCUCAAUAUAUGCGCGACCACUUCCGCCUAGCUGACCACCACAGUCUCUCUCUACUGAAACAGUUGUCCCACUCCAGGGCCUCUCUUGACUCUAAUUCGUAGACCAAAUCAAAAUCAAAAUGGCAACUGUGACUGCUUCAUACUUCGUAUCCAGAAUUUCUACCAUCAAUUGCCAUGGAGCUUCAGUAUCAGAGACUAAAGCUAACUUGGCACAGUUAGGCCAGAGGAACCAAACCAUAACUCACAAUGGGUUAAGAUCUUUAAACAAUUUGGACGUUCUGAGGAUGAGAACCAGUGCAAACAAAGUUGCUAGGCAAGCCAUGAAGAACACCAAGAAAACCCAAACUGAGAGGCCUUUGGGGAAAAUUGUUUGUGGACAAGGGAUGAACUUGAUCUUUGUGGGAGCCGAAGUGGCUCCAUGGAGUAAAACCGGUGGACUUGGUGAUGUUCUCGGCGGACUGCCACCAGCAAUGGCUGCUAAUGGGCACCGCGUUAUGACGGUGUCUCCCCGCUAUGAUCAGUACAAAGAUGCAUGGGACACUAAUGUUGUAGUUGAGAUAAGAGUUGGAGAUAGAAUUGAGACUGUUCGUUUCUUCCACUGCUACAAACGAGGAGUUGAUCGUGUUUUUGUGGAUCAUCCAGUUUUCCUUGAGAAGGUAUGGGGCAAAACUGGAUCCAAGAUCUAUGGACCUGUAGCAGGAAUAGAUUACAAGGACAACCAAUUGAGAUUCAGUUUGUUGUGCCAGGCAACUUUGGAGGCGCCAAGGGUUCUAAAUUUGAACAACAGUAAAUAUUACUCAGGACCUUAUGGGGAGGAUGUUGUAUUCAUUGCCAAUGAUUGGCACACAGCUCUACUUCCAUGCUACCUAAAAUCGAUGUACAAAUCUAGGGGGCUUUACAAAAGUGCCAAGGUUGUUUUCUGCAUCCACAACAUAGCCUACCAGGGCAGAUUUGCCUUUUCAGACUUCUCAUUGCUCAACUUGCCUGAUAAAUUCAAGAGUUCUUUUGACUUUAUAGAUGGGUAUGAGAAGCCCAUAAAGGGAAGGAAGAUCAAUUGGAUGAAGGCUGGAUUAUUGGAAUCAGAUAGGGCGCUGACUGUGAGCCCAUACUAUGCCCAGGAACUUGUUUCAGGAGAAGAUAAAGGUGUGGAAUUGGAUAACAUCAUUCGUAAGACUGGCAUCACUGGCAUUGUGAACGGCAUGGACGUUCAAGAGUGGAAUCCAGCCGCCGACAAGUACAUAGACAUCAAAUAUGAUGCCACAACUGUAGAGGAUGCUAAACCUCUAUUGAAGGAAGCCCUUCAAGCAGAAGUUGGGUUGCCUGUCGAUAGGAAUGUCCCUGUGAUAGGCUUUAUUGGUAGGCUAGAAGAGCAGAAAGGUUCCGAUAUUCUGGCUGCAGCUAUUUCAAAGUUCAUUGGAGAAGAAGUUCAGAUAGUAGUCCUCGGAACCGGCAAGAAGCCUAUGGAGAAGCAGAUUGAACAACUAGAUGUUAAAUACCCUGACAAAGCUAGAGGAGUCGCCAAGUUUAACGUCCCCUUGGCCCACAUGAUCAUUGCUGGUGCUGAUUUUAUGUUGAUCCCUAGUAGGUUUGAACCAUGUGGCCUAAUUCAGCUGCAUGCCAUGCGAUAUGGAACAGUGCCUAUUGUAGCCUCAACCGGUGGACUUGUUGACACUGUCAAGGAAGGUUAUACUGGGUUCCAUAUGGGAGCCUUCAAUGUUGAAUGUGAUGCACUUGAUCCAGCAGAUGUGACUGCAGUAGCAACAACCGUGAAUAGAGCUCUUGCAACAUAUGGUACCCAUGCCUUGAAAGAGAUGAUACAAAACUGCAUGGCACAAGAUUUCUCAUGGAAGGGACCUGCCAAACUAUGGGAAAAAAUGCUGUUAAGCCUGGAAGUUGCUGGAAGUGAACCAGGCAUUGAAGGGGAGGAGAUUGCUCCUCGUGCCAAGGAAAAUGUUGCCACUCCCUAAGCUCCAUGUGUGUUAAUGGUGUCUGGUACUCUAAUAAGUAAAGCUAACCUCCAGGGGUAACACUUCUCGGUCUAUAGUGUUCGAGUAUCAAGUCAGCUACUUGGUGGAAAAGGUCAUAGCUAUUUAGAAAAUAUAUGAUAAUUUUAAUUUUGGGGAUCAAUAAGUUUUCGAACUCUCUAUUAGGACUAUAACAAAAAACUAACAUCCCAAAGAUAUUACCCUGAAGUACUGAGUUUGUAGUUCUUCUGUUUGUACUUGAAUUAUAAUGUAAGUAAAUAAAAUUUGCAGAAUUUUUAUUACUA